AUGCCAAAGCAACAGGAGAUGCCACGAAGUGACUUGAUAUACCACCAAGGUUUAUCUGAUGUAGCACAAGAACUAGGGCUCAAAGUUGGGCUAAAGCACAAGAAAAUCAACAUUUCCAAUUCCCGAGUAGCAUGGGAGCAUGAACAGUUUUCAAGAGAGUUUGUAAGUGAAGAUGCAGUUGUUCAGAGUGUGAAAUUGGUUGCUGAAAGUCUUGUAAGGCAUAUAUAUGGUCAACAAGGAAAGAAGAUGGAAAUAUUUGCAGAUAACACAAGUUUGUCUGUGAAUCCUUUUUACAUAAAAUCAUGGCUUCAUCUUUUAUCAACAACACCUCGUGUAGCUCCAUUUCUCUCAAAGGACAAUCCAUUCAUCAUUGCAUUGAAAAAGGAAUUAGCAGAUCAUGUUGCAGAGGUGAAUUUGCAACAUGAUGUGCUUGAUGGAAUGUUCACAUUUUAUGACUCCACAGUUGCUAUACUCCAGAUUUAUCAGGUUGCGUGUGUAACAUUUGACUUGCUGUUGCUACUAGUUUUGGGAUCAUAUUUAAUUACACUUUUCAGCUUCCUUGUCAUAACUACCAGGAUGCACAUGUGCAGUGCAUUCAAUCGCUGUUCUUCAAUUUCAUUGAAUCAAGAAACUCUCUAUUUCUGUCCCAAAUUCGUUCCAGGGAACAUUAGAACAACGAUCGCCACCGUAAGUGCGAAAUCUUCCGGUAACAAGGACGGCGAUGGCGGUGGUUCAGUAGUCGAAGACGCGAAAGGGUCAGGUACGACCGCUAGAGGGCGGAGGUUGCUCAGGGUUCGAGAAGAGAAGAGGAAACGGGAAUACGAACGACUUCACAAUUAUCCUUCUUGGGCUAAGGUAUUAGAAGAUGCAGCAAAAAACGACAUUGAACUUCGAAAUGUUCUUGGUGAUACCAUUGGAAAGCCAGAACAGAUGAGACAGAAGGUUGAAGAUAGGAUUCGGAAAAAAGGGAGAGAUUUUCACAAAGCUAAAACUGGUUCUGUUGUUGCAUUCAAAGUCACAUUUAGAGACUUCAGUCCUGUUGGUUCCCAUAUAUGGUUCAAGCUAUAUGGCCCACCUUCUGAUCGAGAUGUUGACCUAAUUGGCAGUGUUAUUCAGUCAUGGUAUGUCAUGGGUCGAUUAGGUGCAUAUAAUUCAUCUAAUUUGCAGUUGGCAAAUACAUCCAUGGAAUACAAUCCUUUGUAUGAUGCAGAUAAGGGCUUCAAUGUGAUGCCAUCAUCAUUUCAUGAUGUUGGGGAUGUUGAGUUUCAGGAUAAUUGGGGACGUGUUUGGGUAGAUAUAGGUACUUCAGAUUACUUUGCUCUUGAUGUUCUUCUCAAUUGUCUCACUGUAUUGAGUUCAGAGUAUUUGGGUAUACAACAAGUAGUAUUUGGUGGAAGGAAAAUGGGUGAUUGGGAAGAGGGAAUGAAAAACCCUUUAGAUGGAUACAAAUACUUCAAGAUUUAAACCAUUGUUGUCUUUAGGUGUAAAUUUAUGAGUAGAUUAGAGAGUGUGAGUAGCUGUUAAAAAAAAACAAAGCUUUGAGCUUUUAUUGAAUUAUUAUUAGAGUUUGAAUUUAUGAGUCGAACUUUAUUAAGUUUCAUAUGGAAACACCUCAAGUUUGAAU